CCGAUUCCCCCACUCCCCACCUCUCCCUCCCAGCUCCUUCUCCUCUUCUUCUUGCUCAACCGCCCAUCAGUACUGGCUACAGCCUUGGUAAGUCUCUACGUUUGCAGGCCACGUCAGCUGCCCGCGGCACAUGACCCUGCUCACUCGUUCACAGACAGCAGGGAUGGAUCAGAAAGCCGGCGAGACUGACGAAGCCUAUGAGGCACGGUUGGCGGCCAUCAUGACCGAAAGCAAGCAACGGGCAGAAGCAUCAGCAGCAGCAUGGAAGAAGAGGGAGGCAGAGGCCGAGAGGCUGUGUCAAGUGGCCGAAGAUCAACGGGAGAAGCACGCAGCAGCAGCAGCAAAGGCCGCCGAUGAAGAACGUGUACGGCAGCGGGAGAUUCUCUUCAGGGAGGAAACUGCGUUACACGCACAGGCCAGGGAUUGGCAGAAAGAGGCCGAGAAUGGAGACCCCGUUGACUACGGGACCAGGAUUGCGCUCUUGCUCAACCGCGUCACGGACCUCCUCGCUACUUGCAUCGCACAGCAGGAGGACAUUCACUCUCUCGACCAUGCCAAUCAGGCGCUGACUAAGCACAUACAGCAGCUGGAGCGGCGACCAGUGGCCACCUUCAGCGCCGGCCCCUCCGACCUCGUCGACCGCGUCAACGUCUUGGAGAUAGACGUGAGAACGCUCAAAACCGAGACACAAUGGCUGGACCAGCAGAACAGCAUGCCAAGCGGAGACUGGAUAUCUGAGUUCCAACGCCUGGCGAGCACCCCCAAGCUGCCGAUGAACUUCGAUGGCAUCAAGCUCUACUUCAUCAAGAGGUCGCGCCCAGCAUUGCAAAAUGCGUUAACUCAGGGCGCCGAGAACCUCAACACAGGUGAGGAACUCUUCAACAAGGCCGCACAGAUCAUUGUGGCGAACUUGGAAGCCAAGAACAUUGGUCGACUGCCGGCCAGGGCGCACCGCGAACUGUCCCACAAAAGCCAAGGGCUCCGCUCAGUCGGGAAAGUGAGCACCGCCGAGAGUGAUGCGGCGACACUCUCGACGCCUUCGGAACCAGUUGCCGUACGGGUAACCUCCCUCGGCUCCGGGGCAAAUGCGGAAGUCGUAAGUCCUCCCAUUCUUCAUUCUUUCGAGGACUGUGCUGCCCGACUCGUACCUUCGCUGAAUUCACGAACCGAAGGACAUGAUGUAUGUGCGGUUUCUUCUCCGUUUGGAAGCAGCGACAUCGAGUCGUCUUCAAGUGGACCUUCACGGGAUCUGGCGCGCGCGUUCAACAUAGAGGACUGGGACCGAUUGACUCCCGAGGAUUUUGCAUGGCUCCCUCUCCCUUCCACCGACUGCUUACCGGAGUCGCAAUGCGCAACUCUUAGCGCUCAUCUACAUACAUGCCUAGCCUUGUAUGCACCACCAACUUCGUCGACGGAGGACGAAGUCGCGGUGGGGGACAUUCUUGCGUAUGUUAGCAAGGUGGCCCGCGAGUUUCGCACGCAGCGGUAUGACGACAACAACGCACCGCUCCUUUAUGUCCACAUCCAAGUUGGGCAAGCGUCCUGCAGCACUUUGCUAGAUAGCAGCGCAACUUGCAACUUCAUUAGCCAGUCCUUUAUGCAAAGGGCCGACCUUGGCCCACGAGUUCGAAGGAAGGCACACCCUACGGCGAUCAAGUUGGCGGACGGUAGGACACAACAACUCCUUGACCGCUACAUCGAGGCCGUACCGGUAUAUUUCGCACCUCAUGCAUGCGAACUGGUGACGUUUGACGUCUUGGACACAGACUUCGACAUCAUUUUGGGCAUGCCUUGGCUUGCAAGUGUGGAUCACAUGGUCAACUUCCAUUGGCGGACACUUACGGUCCGCGACGCGUUUGGCGCCGAAGUACCAUGUACCAUCCCUCUUCCGCACCCUUCGAUCCGGUGCCCAGUCGUGAUGGCCAAAUCUUUUCGGGCCACUUGCGCUUACGAGCGGACCAACGAGAUAGGCCUAUGUUUUCUUCGCACCGUCGCGGCAACCGAAUCUCAACCCACGGACUUGUCUUCGGACCCCCGUGUGGUACGGUUGCUUGACGAAUUCGCCGACAUCUUCGAGUCACCUACUGGCGUGGUGCCGGAUCGACCGAUCUCACAUGAGGUCAUUCUCGAGGCCGGUGCCGCGCCGCCGAAAGGUUGCAUCUAUCGCAUGAGCGAGGAGGAACUUACAAUUUCGAUACGCCCGCAAGAUCGCUACAAAACCGCGUUUAAGACACGGUACGGGCAUUUUGAGUGGGUCGUCAUGCCUUUCGGAUUCACCAACGCCCCAGCGACUUUUCAAGCGGCGAUGACCAACGAGUUUCGUGCAAUGCUAGACCGGUUGGUGCUGGUCUACUUAGACGACAUCCUCGUCUAUAGCCGGACCUUGGAGGAACAUCUCGAGCAUCUUCGACGAGUGUUGGAGACGCUCCGUCGCGCCAAGUACAAAGCCAACCGCGACAAGUGUGAAUUCGUACGUCAAGAGUUGGAAUACUUGGGCCAUGUCGUCACUCAAGGGAUCAGUCCGUUGUCGGACAAGAUUCAAGCCAUCCAAGAUUGGCGGAAGCCGCAGAACGUCACAGAUGUCCGUUCGUUCCUUGGCCUUGCCGGCUACUACCAACGUUUCAUCAAAGGGUACUCGAAGAUCGCGGCCCACUUAUCCAAGCUUCAAUGCGAGGACCGGCCAUUUGACUUCGGGAUGGAUGCGCGAGAAUCAUUUUUGACCCUCAAGGCUGCAUUGUUGUCUGCGGAAGUCUUGCGCAUAUACGACCCGCUAUUGCCAACACACGUCACUACGGAUGCGUCCGGCUAUGGCAUCGGUGCCGUCCUCGAACAACAUGAUGGCGUGGACUGGCACCCGAUCGAAUACUUCAACAAGAAAGUGUCGGUCGUGCACUCAAUCGAUGAUGCACGCAAGAAGGAACUUCUCGCCUUCGUCCACGCACUCAAGCGGUGGCGACACUUCCUCCUUGGUUGACGCCAAUUCCGAUGGGUAAUGGACAACAAUACGUUGGUCUUCUACAAGACCCAGGACACCGUCAACAGCACGAUC